AUGGUCAAAUCACGAUCAUUGAUCGAAGCUGGUACGUCUGUUGUACGCCAGAGGUUCGUGGAACGGGCUCUGAGGUCUGCGAUCCGAGCGCCAAAGGUUUACGAUCGAAUGUCUACGGCGUCACGGCCAGACUACUCACAAUGGAGCAACGAGCAACUGAUCGAGCGUGUGACGGGGCUUGAAAAUCAACUCAAGGAGCAGACGGAAAAGUAUAAGAGGCCUGCUAGCCUUUUGGCCUCCACUUCGUCCUCCGAGAGACCUACGAAAAAGAGCAAAGGCUUCGACUCCAGGAAACAUCCUACACGCUUGAUCGCCCUGAAGCUUGCCUACCUGGGUCAGAAUUACAAUGGCCUGGAAUUUCAUCACGGCAAUCCGACUCCCUUGCCUACGAUAGAAGAGGAGUUGUGGAAAGUAUUAGCAAAGUCUAAGCUAGUCGCUCUAUCAGCAACGCGUGAAAGACCUGAAUUAGAACCUGACUGGAGUCUUUGCGAUUAUUCUAAAUGCGGAAGGACUGAUAUCGGCGUCAGUGCCUUCGGACAAGUAUUGGCCUUGCGAGUGAGGAGCAAUCGACCACGGCCACCAGAUAAAGUACACUCUGUGGAUUACGACAAGACCUCUGGGAGUGAACCGCAUGAGAAAGAUGCCUCGUUAGCCAUAAAUACCAGUGACAAUGCCACAAAUAGCACGCUACAUGGGGAGGCCCUAUCUUGCAACGACCGCAGCGAACUCCCUUACGCUCAAAUGCUCAACCGCCUUCUACCUCCCGACAUCAAAAUCCUAGCCUGUUGUCUCAACCCACCCGAAGGCUUCUCCGCUCGCUUCUCAUGCCGAGAGCGUCGCUACAAAUACUUCUUCACCAACCCCGCCUUCCCUCCCUCCCCCUCCUCUUCUGCCCCAGGUCAAGAAGGCUUCCUCAACAUCCCCCUCAUGCAAGCCGCCGCAGCCAAAUUUACCGGCGUCCACGACUUCCGCAAUUUCUGCAAGAUAGAUCCGAGCAAGCAACUCGAGAACUUCGAGCGCCGGAUUUUCCACGCUUCUAUCGACGCCGUCUCUGCCGCUGAAUCCACACAAUUCCCUCCUCCUGUCUCAUCCGAUCCAGUGACUUCAUACACGUCCCUCCCAUCCCCAGGACCAACACUCUACACCUUCACGCUCCACGGCUCCGCCUUUCUCUGGCACCAAGUCCGGCACAUGAAUCCAACGAAAAUCUACUACGAUAUGGCAGAUGACGCACCUCUGGUGCUCUGGGACUGCAUAUUCCCCGCCGGCGCCGUAAAAGGCGGUGAGCGCCAGACAGAAAGCCGACCUGACUCCUUGAAUUGGAUUUAUGUGGGCGACGAGCUGAGACUAAAUGGCGCGGGGCAGAAGCAGGGGGGGAGAGAUACGAAAUAUGGGCCUCAUGGGUUGGUGCCGGAUCUUUGGGGGUUGUGGCGGAAGAGGAAGAUUGAUGAGGUCUUGGCGGGGUCGUUGCUGGGAAGGGUUGUGGGGAUGGGGAAUGCGGGAGGCAAGAGAGGGCAGAGCAAGAUGGACGAGGGAGGCAAGGAGGAAGGUGAGAGUUCGACGAAAAAGCAGGGGAAAGAAAAUGCGAAGAUCUUUCUGGGCGGGGAUGGGUAUAAGCUUGGUGGGAAGUACAUACCCGUGCUGCAGAGGCCGAGGGGCGAGGCGCCGGAGGUUCUGAAUGAGCGAUGGAGGGAGAAGCGGGAGAGGAGAAAGGAGAAAAUGGAUAGGGACAAAGGAGAGGGAGGGAGAGGGAGGGAGAGUUGA